GUUUACGCUCUGUGGGGUUCAAGUUUGAGCGACAGCGUGAUAACGCAAUACGUUCGUUCCCAUCUGCAUUCACUUGAGCACUACGCACGGGUUGGCUUGGGAUAUCAUCGACUUUGUUCACUAUCGCUUUGGAUUUCAUAUCAUUUUGUGAAUUCAUAAUAAUUGUUGACGAUGCCUAACUACAAGCUCACAUACUUCGAUGCCCGUUCCAGGGGAGAACCUUCCCGGAUGCUGUUUCACCUGGUGGGACAAAAAUAUGAAGAUAUUCGCUAUGACUUCGAGGGAGAGGAAUGGCCCAAGAUAAAAGGAGACAGGAAAAGGUUUCCACUCGGUCAGCUCCCAGUACUGGAUGUAGACGGCAAGCUUCUGACUCAGAGCAGAGCUAUAUACCGCUAUAUCGCGCGUCAAUUUCCCGGUGAUUACUAUGGGAAGAACAAUGUGGAAAGUUCCCGAAUCGAUGAAAUUCUUGGGAUUGUGGCUGACAUCGAGAUUGCAAUCACACCAGCCUUUGAGUCAACCGAUGCUGCUAAAAGAGAAGCUGAACAUGUGAAGUGCAGAGACGGUACUAUGAAGCCUUCCUGGGAUUUCAUCUCUGAAUCUCUAAAGAAAGGAGAAGGAAAGUACUUUAUAGGGAACCGGUUAACCCUGGCCGAUGUGGUCAUCUUCAACAUAAUAGAUUUCUUCCUGGACAGCAGUGUCGGUCUCAAGACCUACUUUGAACCCUACCCGACCCUCGUUAAAUUCUACGAGUCAAUCAAGAAUGAUUCCCCACUCACGCAGUACCUGAAGGACCGACAGUACACCAAAUAUUAAAUCAACUUUCUGAAAGCACGAUACCCCGGUCACACCAACGAGGCCGACACCUGGACGGCGUUUCACGAGACCGUUAUAAGUACAAGUUCACCGACAAUGUAUUUAAAACAUGUGAAUCAAUUGGAUGGCGGUGAACUUGCACUUACGACAGUUAAUUGAAACGAUGCCCAGACCGACAACCGUUAUUGAACAUAUCAGCUGGGUUUUUAGUCGUUGUGGAGCCGAUUUGGCGGUGUUACCAAAGUAAAACUAUGUUGAAAGAAGUAACAAUUAGAAAGAAAUGUAAGCAUUUAAAUAAAGAUAACAAAGAAUACGAAAUAGAAUACGAAACAGCAAAAAAGACUCGCAAAGUGACCACCAUUAGAAAUAUUAAUAAUUGCCUACUGCAUGUGGUAAUUAAUUAUGUUGAAAUUUUUAUAUAUAAGAGUUUUAUAAGAGAUGCUUUAAAAGAAAAGAGAAAUGAACAAUGCCUUAUUGAAUUUUGUAAGACAUUUUAAACGUCUAGUCCAUGCUGACUGAAUGACGGGUGGGAUAUCUGUGAAUGUUUGAGUUUAAAUGUAAAUGUCGUGAUAUAGGGAUGGGAGUUGAUUAUGAGAAUACUUAAACAUAUAAUGCCUAUCUAAAAAAAUGUGAAUAUCUUGUAUUUUUAAUGUUUUUUAAACGAUGAAAUAAAGGUUGGGUGUGUGAUAAAUAAUUUAAGUUAUUAUUCAUGCGAAUCGCUCUCUAUUGAAGCAAAAAUAAUGCACUCAUUCUUGUUAUACUACAAUUGCCCUAUACAGUAAUACAAUAUAACACAUGUGAUGACUUUGGGGACUUAUAUGAUAUAUUCAUAAAUCUUUCAGAAUAUUUUUCAAAAACUUAUACAGUAGUCAAUAUUCCUUGAUAUUGACGUAUGUAAAUUGCGUAUAUGCUUAUUAACAUUUUAAUGGGAGUCAAUAGUGACUCUCAAAAAUGUAACCGUAUUUUUUUCUUCUCAAUGACAGACAAGACUACAAUCUAAAUAUUACAAUUCCUUAUACCAUGUACGUUAGUCUUUUUUAAAUAAACGAAAUUUAUUUUACAUUGGACUUGGUAUUAUUGAUAUUCGUCUAUAAUUACUUAUUACUGACAAAUCAUCCUGUUUAUAAAUAAAAAUUACUUUUGCGAUUUUAACAGAAUUUCGGCAAACACCCGUUAAAAGUGAUAAGUUCAAUAAAAAAUUCAGAGAGGGUUACGA